CAGCCCAGCACUGCACGGAGCAGCAGCAGCAGCACAGCCAGGAGCGCUCCUCUCUCGCAGCAGAGAUGCUUUGCCGCCUGCACUUUAUGCCGCCCAUGUCCAGCUCGCUGUUCCCGUGGCUGGGACCCGUCCGCACCCUGUGGCCACAUCCAGGCACCCUUUUCGCCGAGCUGGAGCGGGAGAUGCGGCUGGAGAUGGAGCGGGCUCGGGAGUUCAUGAGCAGCGUGGAGCAGUACCUGAGCAGCGGCAGCAGCCCCGGCCGGCUCGGCAUCGCCCCCAGCACCAGCGCAGCGCUGCCCCACAGCUCCGGGGACGGCUUCUCGGUGUGCCAGGACGUGAAGGACUUUGCCCCCGAGCAGCUGUCGGUGAAGGUGGUGGGCAGGAAGGUGGUGCUGGUGGGGCAGAAGGAGACGCAGAGCACGGACGAGAAGGGCUCCUUCUCCUACAAGUACGAGGUGCUGAAGCGGGAGUGGGACGUGCCCGAGGAGGUGGAUGCUGAAGCGCUGACCUGCUCCCUGUCCAAGGAUGGGCAGCUCCGCAUCGAGGCCCCCAAGCUGGCACUGCCAGCCGCUCCCGAGAGGAAUGUGCCCAUCCAGAUGGGGCCGGCGGUGGCACAGCAAGCUGGCAGCGCCGAGGAGGGAGCCGAGAGGGCCAAGGCGUGAAGAGGAGCGACGGGGACCAGGCUGAGCCUGGCGACAACGGGGGCAGCUGCUGGCCGCAGAGCGGGACCGCGCCCUGGCCCGGGGCGUGGGGUCUGCC